UCCGAUUGUCCUCUCCGCGACCGGGAUCUGACCCGCGGCCUCCCGAUCCGCGAGGCGAGAGACCACCGCCGCCAGUUCCGACAAACUUACCACGUAGUCCGCCACCGCCAUCGGCGGCGCCGUCUCCCGGUCCUGCUCCGUCGUGCACACCGGCAACCCUAACACUGUCAACGCCUGAUGCACCGCCUGUGCCUCCGCCGCCUUGGCGGCCGC